AGACAUAAUGAGGGAGGAGCUGGAGUCUAACCUGCUAUGUGACAUGUUGUGUGAUGUCAUCCAUCGCCACACCAGCAGCCACUUCGGCGCCUAUGUGGACUACAUCCGUAACAUGCCUUACCAGGAACAGACCAUGCACAACCUGGGGAGGAAGAACCCCCAGAUCAUGGAAAUAUUAAGGGAGCUACAAGACGACCAACGCUGUUAUCGUCUGCCCCUGAAGUCCUUCCUGGUCCUUCCCUUUCAGAGGAUCACACGACUCAAGAUCCUCAUAGAGAACAUUUUGAAGAGUACCGAGCAGGGGUCAGAGAGGCAGAUGUCUGCAGAGAAAGCACUGAGAGCACUGAUAAAGGUAGUUGAGGCCUGCAAUAGGGAGGUGGGGAGGAUGAAGAUGAUGGAAGAAAUCGUUCACAUCGCCAACAAAACUGAGUUUGAAUGCAAGGCCCUGCCCCUGGUGUCUUCCUCUCGUUGGCUAGUGAGACAGGGGCAACUAGCUCAGCUGUCAGAGAAAGAAAACAUCUUUGGUCACCGGAAGCUCUGUCACAUCUACCUUUUCCUCUUCAAUGACCUACUGCUGGUGACCACUAGGAAAGGCAUGGAUCGGUUUGUGGUGCGGGAUCAUGUCCACCGUUCCCUGAUAGAGGUGAGUGAAGGACUGGAGGAGAAGGAGGAUUUGGAGUGUGCUUCAUGGGAGAGGAUGUUCUGCCUCGCUCUGCUGAAGAACCAGAGGGGAACAACAUCUCAGUUCCUGCUGCAGGCCUCCACACAUGCAGAGAAGAUAACCUGGAUGGAGGUGUUGAGUCAUCGAGUGGACGGGAUGGAAGGAAUCUAUGAAGAAUGGGACUGUCCUCAGGUGCGAUGCACUGAGGUCUACGUAGCGCAGCAGCCAGGGGAACUGAGCGUACAGCUGGGUGAUACCAUCAACGUCAUACAGAAAACUGCCGAUGGUUUCCUAGAGGGCAGGAGACUUGUGGACGGUGAGCGGGGCUGGUUCCCGGAUUACUGUGCGGUGCAGGUCACCAAUGAGUACGUCCAGAGAAAACACCUCAGGCAGCGCCGCCAUGUUUUACAGACUGCCAACCGCAUCCUGAACCGACGGCACACUGUCGCCCAGGCAACUGCCUGCUUCAGAUAGGAAGGUCUUUCUGAACGAGGUCGGCAUCUCAAAUGGCACCCUAUCUAUCCCUUAUAGCAGGGCGUUCACAAUAAUUAGACGGUUGAUCAACUGAAUUAGGUUAGUUUCAAAUGGCACCCUAUCUAGCCCUUAUAUCAGGGCGUUCACAAUA